AUGCCGUUCGAUGUGAGGAGAUUUGAUAUCUACAGGAAAGUGCCAAAAGAUCUCACCCAGCCCACGUACACAGGAGCCUUCAUUUCCAUCCUCUGCUGCGUCUUCAUUCUCUUUCUGUUUCUCUCCGAGCUGACCGGGUUCAUUGCCACCGAAAUAGUAAAUGAACUGUACGUGGACGACCCGGACAAGGACAGCGGUGGGAAGAUCGAAGUCAGCCUGAACAUCAGCCUGCCAAACCUCCACUGUGACCUGGUGGGCUUGGACAUCCAGGACGAGAUGGGACGCCACGAGGUCGGCCACAUUGACAACUCCAUGAAGGUCCCACUCCACCAGGGCUCCGGCUGUCGCUUCGAAGGGGUUUUUAGCAUCAACAAAGUGCCUGGAAACUUCCACGUGUCGACGCACGGAGCCACAGCUCAGCCACAAAGUCCAGACAUGACCCACGCCAUUCACAAACUGGCCUUUGGGGAAAAACUCCAGGUACAAAAGGUGCGGGGAGCGUUUAAUGCAUUGGGAGGCGCUGACAGGCUUUCAUCAAACCCCCUGGCCUCCCACGACUACAUCCUCAAGAUAGUUCCAACCGUUUAUGAAGAUCUGUCGGGGAAAAAGAGGUUCUCUUAUCAGUACACCGUUGCCAACAAGGAGUACGUAGCCUACAGUCACACUGGCAGGAUCAUCCCGGCCAUCUGGUUUAGAUACGAUCUGAGUCCAAUCACCGUCAAGUACACAGAGCGGAGACAACCCUUCUACCGAUUCAUAACAACAAUAUGUGCCAUCGUGGGAGGGACGUUCACCGUAGCGGGGAUAAUCGACUCUUGUAUAUUCACGGCGUCAGAAGCCUGGAAGAAAAUCCAGAUCGGCAAAAUGUCCUGA